AUGGGACGUAGUUUUCCUGCCGUGUGUUUAUUUCUGUAUACACUUUGCUUCGGCGCCUUGGAAGGUAACGCACAGAUAUACGACAGUGCUUUUGAAUCGGUUAGCAGUGUACUAGACAAUAGACAAGCAAGGAAAGUUAACCAGCUAGAGAGUUCAAAUAUCCCCUUGCCAUCAAACUCCGACAACUCACGACUCAGCAACGUAAUAGCCUUCAAAUACCGAGGAGAUGAGAGCGAUAGUUCUGAAAGCAAUUCAUCUUCAUGGCGUAAUAUUGUGUAUCGGGUAGUAAUAGCUUUGUUCAUUGGUUCUGGACUACUUAUGGCUUUGGCCUUCUUCCUCAAAAGCUUGAUCAAGAAAAUAAAGCAGAAGAGAAUGCAAGAAGAGUUUUCCAUGACGUACCAUGAUGCAAAACUCUCAAGUCAGUUUCUUUCAGAUCUCUCAGGAAGCGAAAGAUCCGAGGACAUCACUUCAAAUCUACCUACUAAGCCGGCUGUAGACAAACCAGUAAUAAUCGACAUACCAACAGCAACAGCCCCGAUCCCCUCACAGAUCUGCAUAACAUCUCCUAAAGGCGAAACCAGAAAAUCAGUUCGGCAAAUGGAAGACUUUGUUCGAGUCGAAUUSAGCGACGAUAGAACACAACGUGUUGUAGCAAGAAGAACCUCAUCUCUGCCAAGUCUAUCAUCUGAUCAAUCAUCUUCCAGUCCAGAGAGCAGAGAUUCUUAUAGACGAGAUGCUGUCCUACUUUACAGUGAUGAUGAAGAUUUGCUUGCUGAUCUCAAAAAGAAGCGCAAAAAGCAAAAGAAAGCCUGGAAGAAGAUAAUCAAGGCCAGCCAGCUGAGGGAUUCCUAAAAAUGAAGCACAACUUCACCCAUACCCAAACAAAAGUCUACAUAAUAAUAAAAUUGUAGUUCAGAAUCAUUUUGUAAUGGAAAAAAAGAUCACAAAGCCUUGA